CCUUGACUCAACGCGAUAAAGCACAUUCAUCCGCAACAACGCAUUCAGCAUGCUCGGUGACCAGGAUUCCGCCCCAGCUCCUGCUACCAUUCAGCCAGUGCAGCCCGUGGAGCAGCGAAAGUUCGAGCGUGAAAUGCACAUUCAAUACUUUAAACGCAAUCUACAGAUGCUACCAGAGCCAUAUACAUCCAAUGACACCCACCGGAUGACCCUGGCCAUGUUCACGUUAGGGGGCCUUGAGUUGCUGGGCGUUUUAGAAGAAACCGUGUCAGAGGACAACCGCAAGGACUGGAUCGAAUGGAUUUACUCACAGCAACGUGUCCCUGCUAGCGAUGGAUCUUCACAUUCGCACGAUGCACUUUACGGAUUCGGAGGCGGUCCUUUCUCGGGCCUCCCAUUUCAGCAACACAGCGAAGGAAUCGAGAACCUGGGCUGCGAAUGUGGACCCAACACUACGGUCCAUGAUACAGCCCAUACCACCAUGACUUACACUGCGCUCGCCAUGCUGGUGCUUCUCGGCGACGACUUGUCCAGGGUAGCCAAGGAACCAAUCCUCAGGUCACUAAGGAAACUUCAACAACCCGACGGCUGCUUCAUCCCGUGCAUCACCGAUUACGAACAGGAUAUGCGAUUUGUCUACUGUGCGGCCGCCAUCUCCUAUUUUUUGAACGACUGGUCCGGCUUCAAUCGUUCAACAGCACUUCAUUUCAUCCGAUCUUGUCAAGGCUACGACCAUGGAAUCUCGCAGAAUUUGCAUCAAGAAUCUCACGGAGGAUCGAUAUACUGUGGUAUUGCGACACUGGGGCUCAUGGGUGAGGAGGCCCUGCAGGAUCAAAAGACAAUGACUCGGGAUGUGCAGGGCCGAGAGGACGAAGUAGCGUUCGAAGAGCGCAAGUCGCGUGCAGGAUUUGUCGACCUAGAGGGAACACGAAGAUGGUGUCUCCAGCGGCAGACGACUGGAUUCCAGGGCCGAGUGAACAAGCCCACAGACACAUGCUAUUCGUUUUGGAUAGGCGGGGCCUUGAAGACGAUCGGGAGCUUUGAGCUUGUAGAUUUCGACUGCAACCGCGGGUUUUUGAUGGAGACACAACAUAAAUUUUUUGGUGGAUUCGGAAAGUGGGUCGGCACCUAUCCUGAUGCGAUGCAUUCAUACAUGGGUAUCGCCUCGCUCGCGCUUAUGGGCGAACCAGGUAUUCGACCACUAGAUCCGCUUUUGAACAUCUCUGAGCGCAUGAAGGAGCGCUUGCAUACACAGACAGUAUUUUGGAAAGAUGCAGCUUGAGAGUCAAGACGCCAUCUCCUUUAAACUAUAGGCGUGAUAUUGAAUGUGAGAGUGAUCCGGAGACGCUGCAUUCUGUACACGUAUUUACCCUUCAGAACAUCUUUAUAGGCAAU